AGCUCCAGCAAUAUCUGGGACGCCACACGUCAGAGCGUGAUCACUAACCUCCGCAGCUGUCAUUGCGAGGUAUAUGUUGAAACGUUGCACGUUACACGGGCAGAACACCCCCCGCAAAGAGAAAGGGUACAUGCAUCCGUUUGAAACGAGCGAGCGUAUGCGAAGGGUUGGAGUGCGCUAGAAUUGAGGCUUGUCACUAACAUGGGCAGUCACUGCGCAAACUCGAGGGAUCAGCCUCUUUCUUUCUUUUUUUCUUUUUCAUGACGCUUGGCUACACAGCUGUGAUUUUUGUGAGAGAAUCACAAACGGAAAUCUAUAAGCCGCACAGAACGCCGGAGCCGAGUUUUACUAACGAUUGUGGAAAUAACUAUCCGCUCGUAUACAGGUCGCGUACCCGCCUAACAUUGGCAUCCAGUGCCGCACUCUACCCUCGCCCGCAAAAGAACGUCUGUGCUGCCCCCCCCCCCCCCUUCUCGCUCCCAAACAUAUCCUUCCAUCUGUUCUCUACACUGCGUUGAAAACCGCCCACUCCGCUGAGCUCGUUGAUAAUAACAUAGGAAUUCAGCUAGUUAGCAGCGGCGUAGCUCGCGGGGUUUGUGCCUUGCAGUCGACGACUCGUCGAACCUGCAGCUAUAAUCAUUGCGCCAAGAGUUGCUCCAGCUUCAAUCAUGCUGGAGGCGGUGAUGUGGGAGGGCGUGAUCACGGCGCUCAUCGUCGCACUCGCGGCACCGCUGCUGCAUUACCUGUGGUUCUCGCUGCGGAUGAUGUUUCGACCCGAUCUGCCGCCUGGACCGCGAGGCCUGCCUCUCCUCGGCUACCUGCCGUUCAUGACCGAGUACGGACAUCGCGACAUCGAGACACUCAAGCAGAAAUACGGCAACGUGUUCGGACUCCAGCUUGGUUUACGGUACGUGGUCUUCUUGUGCGACUUCGGCUCCAUAAAGGAGGCCCUCUCGAACGACGCCCUGCUCUACCGGGCCCCCGAAUUCUCCCUCAACGUCCACGAGAAAUCUCAAAGUAAGCACAAAGUUCCACGAUCCUUGGGUUCCACAACCACAACAGAAGGGGACAGCGACGUAGCUGGCGACGGUGACAUUGGAGGCGGCAAUGACGUUGAUCCCGCGUGCUCACCGUCAUUCAUGGUGGAGACAGUGAUCACUCAACCGCGUGUUCCUCAUGCAGGCAUUACUGUGGCCAACGGGCCACGUUGGAAGGAACAGCGCCGGUUCGCAAUGAGGACGUUCAAGACACUGAUCAGUACCAGGCAGGCUCUCCAGAGGCAUGCACACGAGGAACAGUCGUACUUGGUUCGUGAGCUGGCGUCUCGCAAGAGCGAGCCCGUGGCCAUCUCCCCGUUGUUGAUGUCCAGCACGUCCAACGUCAUCACGGCGCUGGUGUACGGCCGGAGGUUCGAAUACGGCAGCCGCGAGCGUGUCGAGCUGGACGAGCUCGCCGAUGGGAUCCCGCCGUUGGCGCCACAGAUGUCGGCCAUCAACUUCUUCCCGUGGCUGCGCAGAGUGCUCUCCAUCCUUCACAUAGGAACAUGCGGGAGGCUCAGGAGCGCCAUGAUACGAAGGGAUCGCUGCUCAGAGACCCUAAUAGGCUUUCGCGAGAAAACCUAUCAGGACGGCGUGAUUCGUGACUACGUUGAUGCUUUCCUCAGUGAGAUGAGACGACCAGAGCAAGAAAAGACGUUCACGCGCGACGUGCUUAAGAGCAACGCGGCCUCCUUCUACGGUGCCGGGAGCGAGACCGUGCGCACCGCGGUAGAGUGGCUCCUACUGACGUGCGCCUCCAAGCCGGAGGUGCAGAACCGCAUCCGGGCCGAGAUCGACGUCGUGCUCGGUCAAAGCGGUCAAGGUUCUCGCGUGCAGUGGGAAGACCGCAGCAGGAUGCCGUACACGCAGGCCUUCAUCUGGGAGAUGAUGCGCUACGAGCCGAUCAACCCUUUCGGCCUCAUGCGAUGUGCCAGCGAGGACACGAAAAUAAGCGGCUACGCCAUUCCGCGAGGAAGCAUCGUGAUCUCUUCGCUGAGGUCCAUUUUCCACGACACGUCCUUCUGGGAAGACCCAGAAGUUUUCCGGCCCGAGCGCUUCUUGGUCGAAGGAGGGACCCGAGCCAGGAAACCCGAGAGGCUGAUCCCUUUCUCAUACGGGAAGCGUUCUUGUCCCGGGGAGAUGAUCGCCAACGUGGAGACGUUCAUCUUUCUUACCACCAUCCUGCAGCACUUCAUCAUCGAGAUGCCUCCCGGGGGUCCGGCCCUCGCUUUCGACGAGGUGUUGACCAUAUCGCUUAGGCCUCGAUCGCAGGAAUUAGUUUUCCGCGCGCGACAAAUGCGCCCUUGAAAACACCUUUAAAACUCGUCUAACAAGUGGUUUUGCAGAGUACUUGAAUCAUACUCGUUCCGAAAUGACGUUUGGAACUCCUGCGAGACCUCGGUUACCUGUCUGUAAUGGUGGGGGUGGUUGAGGGUGGUGGUGAUGAUGAUGUUAAUGUAUUAUAGGCAUCCCUUUUGAAAUUGGGCGGUGAAACUUUAUCACCUAGCCUGCUUGAUUUAAUCAGGUAUGCUAUACACGUUUUUAAAUUGCAUUUUUCUGUACAUUUCCGUGAUCAUUUUUUUUCUCAAAGUCUACCUUGUACCGCUAGCCAUGACUGCAAGAGAUCCGGUCGUAUCAAUUUGUAGCCUGCUUUUUUUCCACCAAUACUCUAAACGUCCCUUGCUUAUCUCGAUUGCUGACCGGUUGUAGCUGCAUGCCGCCCACAACCCAAACGCUUCUGGAAGUUGUACGUUACCUACGGUUCUCUCUGAGUGAAUCUCUCUGCAUUCUUUUAGGAUGUGCUGAGUGUUCUCCGGAUUUUUGCUUUAGCAUACACACGCUGACUGACGCGCCACCGGUGAGCGACAAGAUGAAGCUUGUCAUCACUCUAAUGAACUUCAAUGGCCCAGGCUUCUCCAAUCUCGGUCAUGUCACGCACCGCCUAAUAAAGUGUUUGAAAUUGCUUA